UGGAUUACCCAGUGAUUUAAAACUGGAGAGACGGUUAUCAGCUCACGCCCAAAUCAAACACCUAAAAAACCAGCAGAGCAGAAACCGUUUUUUCCUCUCCCAGCUCUGACCUCUGCUGUCCGUGUCACUUCCGUGUUCCGCUCACCUGUUACACCUGUAUUACAGCGUACUGUAGGUGCGACUCCAGCUCUGUCGGUGCACCUGUUGCGUUAUUGUGCCAUGACCGAGGAGCUAAUAACGUGUGAGCUAACAUGCCCGUCUUCACCGACCGACCCGGGGAAGACUUUAAACGGUGUGAAAACCGUCGAGAUGGAUAUUGAGCAGCCUAUUUUCUCCGUGUUGAGCGGCGGGGUGAAGCAGCAGCAGCAGCCGGAGGGGGACACUCCGGUGCCGGGCUCACCCUCUGCGACAACCGCUGACACCGAGUCCGGGAUCUUCUCCGGGGAGUGUGAGCUCUGUGUGGAGCAUGAGGCUGAGCUGGACUGGUUCUGUGGCACCGAGCAGAGACUCAUCUGCUCUCACUGCGCCAUUGUGGGCCCCUGCCACGGACACACUGUGACCCCUCUGGCCACCAGAGUAACCGCAGUGAGGAACCAGCUGGUGGAUGUGUGUGAGAAAAUGCAGCUGCAGGCACUGAGGAUCGAGAGGUUUAUCGGCCAGACGUUAACAGCCAAAGAGCAAAAGCUUCAGGCAUCGGCGAGCAGGGCGAGGGAGCAGAUCGUGGCUCAGGUCAGCGCAGCACGUGAAGCCCUGGAGGAGGAGGAGCAGCGCCUCUUGGAGGAGGUGCAGCGAGAGGAGGAGCGGGUGGAGCAGUGUCUCCUCACCCAGAGAGCCCACUGGAGCCAGGCUUUGGCGAGUCUGUCGCAAACACGCUCCGGCCUGGUGCACACACUGACGCACACUCCAGACGCACAGUUGGUGACCAGUGUCCAGGAGAUAGCUGACAGGGUGGAGGAGGCAGAGGGGGUUGGGGAGCCCUGUGAUACAGACCAGCUCAACCUGAACCCAGGCUGCAGUGACAGCAAGCUGCUGAGAGGUCUGUGGGCCACCGCGUUGCUGCUGGGGCCAAACGCUUAUGGAUCGUCUUAUUUAAAGUUUGAUGAGCGCACAGUGAGCCCCCUUCUGUCCCUGUCUGAUGAUGUCUGCACUCUGACCUUUCUGCACAAAAAAGUUCGCCAACCUCUGCCCUACGACCCGGCACGCUUUGACUGUUGGCCCAACGCACUGGGCUCACUGUCCAUGUCCUCUGGCACCCACAGCUGGGUGGUGGACGUGGGCCAGAGUGGUGCCUUUAAGGUCGGGGUCUGCUACAGCUCUCUGGAGCGCAAAGGCUCCGGGGAUGAGGCCCGGCUGGGCCACAACAGUCAGUCAUGGGUGCUGUGCCACUACGACGGGGACUACUCCUUCUGCCACGCAGGGAAGAAGGUGCCUCUGCAGGUGGUGAGGAGACCCCAGAGGAUUGGCCUGCUGCUGGACUGGCCCAGUCACACACUGCUGUUUUAUGAGCCGGACUCCAGCGCUGUGCUGUACACUGUCACACAUCCCUUCAGUGCCCCACUGCUGCCGGCGUUUGCUGUCACCGACCGCAGUAUCACCAUACUGCACUGACACACUCUGCCGAAAACUAAAUGACCUUAAACAUGUGAAAACGCCUUUCUCUAAUGUAAAUAUGAUCAGCAGCUAAAGAUCCUCCACCUGUGCUGUAAUGAAAGGCCUCAGUUUGUAUUUAUUAUAUUAGCUAAUCUAUUAGCUGCUGAUUCUUUUUUUACUGUUUUUAAUGAUUUUAAUAGAUUUUAAUAUUCAUAAUGUACAGUAGUGCUGGAACAGUAUUGUUUGACUGAUGAUGAUUGUGUUUUAAUGAUUGUUUUUUAUCUUAAGUUUGAGCUUCCCCAAGACUCUGUGUAGAAAAUGGUAAUCACACUGUUUGAUCUAGGACUGUUCAAAACAAGGCUGGAAUCGCCUUUUCCCCCAGGAAAGAUUUGUAGAAACUUAACAGGUAAAUGGACAAUUUUAGAGCAUUUUGAAUCAAAAAAAUCCUAGAAGUUUUGAUCAGUGUCAGGGAGCCGCAUAUGAUUAAGGGACACACAGGAAAAGUUCACACACUUUGACUUUAUUAUGACAUUUUCUAUGACAUACCAACUCUAAACAAAAACUAAACAAUCAGCAGUGAUGUAGCCGACAUGACGCUCAUAUUACAUUUUAUUUUUCCACUUUUUUGUUAUAUUUGAAAGUAAUAAAAUAAACUCAGUACAGUGUUUGACAUUGAUUGUAUCUACCCACAGCAGUCAAGUAACAGCUCAACCGGGGCACGGCAACACCACUUGCACAAAACCACACGCAGAACUGCUGUUCCCCAUAAUAUUAGAACCAGAAGUAAUAAUAUUAAUGGAAAUAUGUUAAGUGUAUUUAUGAUUUUGAUUACAUUCGCUAAUUAUUAUCUUAGAUGGUAAUGCCUGGCUGCCUUUUGUAGCAGAGCAAUCUUUUUUAAUAUAUUUUUAUUGGUAUGUUGGGGGGACAUUUUGAACCUAUUUGAAUAGAUCUGUCCCCCCAACAUACGCUAUAAUUACAGCCUAGGUUUAAAGUGUUGUGUAAAAGAAACUCACUACAUAAAUACCCUGAGAUCAUUUUGUAUUGAUGUUAUUUGCUCAGUAAAACAUUUAUUAUA